AUGGAUGGUGCUGACGAAAAUGCAUCUCUACUGUCUAACAAAUCUUUGCAUGCUUCUCCCGACACGGUUACCAAACUCAUCAAGCGCCUUCGAGCGCUAACUUUGAAGCUUAUUCCUGUUGAGGUUGAGCUCAAGGAACUUACAACACCAGCUAGCAGGAUCAUAUCGUCGCAUGUUAUAAGCACAUAUGAACGGGCAGCUGGAGAUUUCCAUGAAGCUCUUCCGUACUGUUUGCUUCAGGCACGACAGUCGUUCAUGUGGGAUGCAAAUCACAACGCAGCCGACUAUGACGAAUAUUAUGGCCGAGCCAUUGCUUGCGAAGUUUUAGCAAGGCGUAUUGUGCAUAGGGCGCCGCCAGACCGCCUGACUACAACCAUGUCAAAAAGAUACUGCCGUCUGGAAUGGGAUGGGGAUAAAAGUGAGCUCCAGAGUGCAUUGGAGCUGGCUAUCGACACACAUUGCACAAUUUUCCUGUCGUCCACCGAGGCGCAGCACGUCGUCAACUGCCUGUGGAGAGGAGACUGGGUGCAAAAAAAUAAUGAGCAUCAUGAUAUCGAUUAUGUUCCCUUUAACGAGUCGCGCGAGAGGCAUUUCCGUGACCAUCUCGAUCCUUCCCGUAUAUCUGUGCCACGGUACCAGAAUUUCUUCCGGGUUGCAAUUUGGCUGGUUUUCCUGGUCAAUUAUUCCCAAGCAGUAAGGCAGCCCCUUGAGCGCCUGAACAGCACUCAUCAGGCUCUGGAUGGCUGGGAAAUUGCACUGUAUAUAUUUGCACUGUCGUUCGCGAUAGAAGACUUGCUUAAGUUGUACAAAAUGCUUCGUUUCGUAACCUGGCGUGCUUUCGGGUUCUGGAGUGUAGUGUCUUUAGUCACGGACGCCUUACUGGUUGCUGCAUUCGUUCUGCGGGUAGUCGGAAUAUACCUUCCAGAUAAUGACCCGAGAUCGGACCUCUAUCACUACAAGAGCUUUCAAGUACUAUCCCAUGUUGCUCCAUUUAUCUGGAUGAAAUUAAUCACAAUCGUUGACGGCUUCAAAUGGGUCGGGACGAUGCAGAUAUGCGUUGCACGCAUGCUACAGGAGUCAGGCAUUUUCUUCGCGGUCAUUCUUGCCAUCGGGUUUGCCCAGGGCUUGUACGCCAUUGAUGCUGCCGACGGUGAGACGGAACAUGGGCCAUUAGUGAUCAAUGCCUUGAUACAGGCGUUGCUCCAAUCACCAGACUUCGGAAGUCAGGUUACAAAGUGGAACUUUGUGACGACUGUCAUCUUGUUGAACGUGUUGAUUUCACUCUUCGCUUCAGCCUAUGAAGAUGUCGUGGAUGAUGCAGAAGCUCAAUAUUUAGCAUAUUUUGCCGGAAAAACGGUUGGUAUGAUACGUGCUCCGGAUUCCUACGUCUAUCCUGCGCCGUUCAAUCUCAUUGAAGUGGUAUUUGUCGCACCUCUUGAACCAUUUAUGAGCCAGGAAGCUUACGCAAAGUAUAACCGUUGGGUAAUGUCGACAUUCUUCUUCAUUCCCCUCCUCGUCAUCGCGUUGUGGGAGACAUCGCUUGAUACGAGCACCAAUCGCUUCAUGAAGAGUUGGUUUAGCCCUGCAGACGAAGGAGAAGAAGACGAUCCUGCAAACCAAGAUCCUGAAGUCAGCGAGCCGGACGACUUGAAGAUAUGUGUCGUUCCAUUCAAGGAACUUGUGGCGAAGUUUCCUGACGCUGCUGUUAGUCCGGAAACAAACAUUCUUCACGAAGUUGCCUCGUUGCGCGAGCAAAUUCAGCUCCUAACACAAAGUUUGGCUAUCGCCGGAAAGGAGUAA